CUCAAGGAAGCACCGCCGCAAGCCGGCCUAGUUGGCAAGAUCAGCUUUCAGGUAAGCAAGCCAUUGGGGCACGAUUGUCACGCUAGACGUUUUGCAACCCUCCUCAAUCCCCCCUCGAAAUCUUUCACUGACAUUACGAAGAGCACUGUAGACGCACAAAGCUACCAACUCCGGUCUUUAACAUUGUCUCCGAUCGACGAGCGGGAUACUAAUUGCCCUUGCGUCGGAAAUGUAGGAGGUCGUACCGCUUGGUCAAGCACCGUCAGCAUCAAUGCCCAGAACUUUUCCGCCCGCUACUGGUAUGAUGGUCAGUACAUCAACAAUGCCAAAGAGGAUGCUGCCGAAGUCGCCCUGAAGCUCCUCAAUCAACAGCCGCGUGCCUCGACCAUCUAUCCGGGUCAGAUUGAUUCGCGACAGACCACAGGCUAUGGCCGUGGUGCUGGCGGAGUCUGA